GCCCCCCCUUUCUCCGAGCUCGGAGACCUUCUCGGCGUUUGUCCGAGGGCUCUCCACGCAGCUCGAAAGAAUAGACUUUUCGCCAUUGCCAUCACCUUUUUCCAUUCUUGGACCGGGCGAUUCUGCUUGCUGCAGCCGAGCUUAGGCUGAAAGGACUUCUAGAUCUUUACAGAACAGGAUAUUUUCUGUCCUCCCCUGAUCUGCUCAUGCCUACCACAGGAAUAGGACUUCCUAAUAAUUUGCUGAAAGAAUUAAAGAAUAAGCCAGACCUGAAAUAAACCAGUACCUCCAGUACCUCCAGUAAAUGAAAUAGAAGAGAUUCAUAAGCUGUCCCGAAGUGAUCUUGGCGUCAGGGAAGGGAGUGUUCAGGCACAUUUCACCAUCAGCAUCACGGGAUGGCAGCCAUUGAUUUGUCCCAUGGCCUUCUUUCAAGAGAGCCUAUCUACGUCUACGAAGCAAACAUACAAGUAGAAGGGACAGUGACUGACAACCAGGCAAAUUGUUACCAGGAUUCAGUGACCUUCGAUGAUGUGGCUGUGGAGUUCACCCCGGAUGAGUGGACUUUACUGGACCUGACUCAGAAGAAUCUCUAUCGAGAGGUCAUGCUGGAGAACUAUGAGAACUUGACUUCAGUGGGAUGUCAGUUCUUCAUUCCUAGUCUGACCCCCUGGUUAAAACAAGAAGAGUUUGAGGUGGCGGAAAGCGCUGUUCCUCAACAAUUGGAACUACAACCUACAAUUGAUGAUUCAGAGCUUGAGAAUUAUUUUAGGAUGCAAAGUUCCAGUGCAACAGAAGUGGUGGGUGAUUCAUCCCUUCAUGAACAAUCAGGAAACCACAAUGAAGGGGACCUAUGUGACUCUAAGCCAUGUGGAAAUGUGUUGGGUGAACAAUUAUGCCUUAACACAGAGGUGAGCAUGCAAAGUCAAGGUCAAGGAUACAGUUCUGAGUGUAACUGGUAUGGGAAAGACAUUCUUUCUUUGCUCAAGGAAACCUCUACUGGACAAAACGUUUCUGAGCUUAAUCAGUGUGGAAAACUCUUCAGUCUGACUCCAAACAUCAUGUACCCGAACACUAGCACAAAUGAGAAGCCCUUUGAAUGCACAGACUGUGAGACAGCCUUUUUUAAUCAGUCUUACUUUCAGCCAGAUAUGAGGCCUCACAAUGGAGGAGAACCCUAUGACUGGAAUAAAUAUGGGAAUGGUUUUAUUCAUCCUACAAGCCUUGCUAUGCAUCUUCCAAUUCUCAAUGCAAGAAACCCCUACAAAUUUGAGGAAUGUGGAAAAGACUUUCAGUAUUUUGCAUGCCUUAAUAAUCCCAUGGGAAUGUGCACUGGAGAAAAAUUCUGUGACUGCAAGGAAUGUUGGAAAGCCUUCACGGUUUCCUCACACCUAACUCAAUAUGUAUCAAUUCAUACUGAAGAAAAAUCCAAAGUAUGUAAGAUAUGUGGGAAGUCCUUUGCUAAUUAUUCUCGACUUUCUGCACAUGUAAAAACUCAUAAUGAAGAAAAGCCCUUUGUAUGUAAGGAGUGUGGAAAGGCCUUUAAAAAUAUGUCAUACCUUAAUGAUCACGUUAGAAUUCACACUGGAAUAAAAUCAUACAAAUGUAUGGAAUGUGGGAAAGCCUUCCUUCGAUGGUCAGGCCUUACUGAACACAUAAGAGUUCACACUGGGGAAAAGCCUUACGAAUGUAAGGAAUGUGGAAAAACCUUUUCUAGAUCUACUCAGCUUACUGAACACAUAAGAACACACACUGGAAUCAAACCUUAUGAAUGUAAGGAAUGUGGGAAAGCCUUCACUCAGUACUCGGGCCUUGCCACACAUGUACGAAUUCAUAGUGGAGAAAAGCCCUUUGCAUGUAAGGAAUGUGGGAAGGCCUUUACCAGGACCUCAGGCCUGAUUCAUCAUGUGAGAACUCACACAGGAGAGAAGCCUUUUGAAUGUGUUCAUUGUGGGAAAACCUUCAUUACUUCCUCCCAUCGCACUAAACAUCUGAAAAUUCACAGUGGCGAAAAGCCCUUUGUGUGUAACAUAUGUGGGAAAGCAUUUAUAUAUUCCACAUCCCUUAACAUUCACAUGCGAACCCAUACUGGAGAGAAGCCCUAUAUCUGUAAGCAGUGUGGGAAAGCCUUCGCUGUGUACUCGAGACUAAGGAAACAUAGCAGAGUUCACACUGAGGAGAAGCCCUUUCAGUGUGAGGGUAUGGGUGUUGCUAUUUAGCCCAUCUGUUGCCACCUUUAAAUAUUGACAGUGACACCAAAGAUCAUCAGAUUAGUCUUAACUGCUUUGUGUGGGUUAUAGUGACUCACACUGGCCUUAGACACCAUCCUAAUUUUAUGAACUAGGAUAUUUAGGUGCCCCCUCAAACUUUUCUUCUUUUGGGUAGUGCUGAGGAUUGACCUAGAACAUCACACAUACUAGGCAAGCACUCAAUCACUGAGCUACCCUGGCUUUUCCAGUUACCCUGGAACCUUUUCAUGGAUAUAUGAGUCUGAGCAUCUGUGGGACAGGUGAGGCCAGUAUACAAGGUGGCUUCAUUCUGAUGCUUGACUCUUCGUGAUCCUAACAUUUCUAAAUGCUAUGAAAUAAAACAGAUUUGAUCCUUUUGUUGGCUGCCAGUUUGGCUUGUUAAUGUGAAAAUCACCACAAGCCAAGAUAAAAUAUAGGACACAGGUGGAUUGUGGAAAGACACUCCUCGGCAACUACUCUGACCCCACUGAUUCUGAUGAGCACACCAAGAAAUAGUUCCUGUCUGUUCUUAAUAGCUAGUCUCUUUACAGAUGUUAACCCUGUGAUCCCUUAUAAAAUUAAAAAAGUCAGUUCUGUCCUAUCUUUUGGAUCCAUUUUGGAUUGAAGUGACAGUAAUUUUGUCCGUAUUCCUCAGUUUGGUUGAGAUUGAUGAUCUGAGGAUAGAACUGAGGUCUUGUGGAUGCUAGGCAAGUACUCUGCCACUAAGCUACAUUCCUAGCUGGCUUGUCUCUUUAGUACAGAUUUCUCAGUUAUUGUAAUAUGGUUAGACUGAGAGUUUUUUAAGGUACAGUUAUCUUUUGUUUAACAAUUUCUUCUUAGCUUCCAUGUUCUCCCCUUUCAUAUUUUACUAAAAGCACUCAGGAGGAACCAAGUUGCUCCUUUUGAACACUUUAAUUACAGAUAAAUUUCUGAUUUUAUUACUCUCAAGUUCUAACUUCCACACAAAAUGCUAGACUACAGAUCUGCUUGGUUCAAGAUCACUACAUAUCACUGAUUGGUUUCUCUUCAUGUUCUAAUAACAUGUUUCUCCUUCCUAACUAAGGGAGUCCUCACCAGAACAGCCUCUACCUGUCACUCAGUUUCAAGGCUACUUGCAUGUGUUUAAGUGUGUGAUUUUUUUUUUUUUUUUUUUUUUAACUGCACUGCCACAGUACCACAAAACACUAUAGCUAGCACUGGCAAAAUAGCUCAGAAGGUAAAGGUGCUUGUGAGCAGGAACUGAAUUUGAUCCCAGGGACCCACAUGGUCAGAGAGCAUGGACUGCUACACAAUUAGCCUCUUCUUUUCCAUGCAUACCACACUUGCACACACAUUUAUACAUCAUAAAUAUAACACAAAACAGCAUAAACCAAGUUGCUUUAAAAGUUCCAUUAAAAGAAACAAAAUUUUAGGCUAGCAUAGUAUUGGGUUUUAUUGCGGCAUUUUCAUAUCUAUAGAUCAUUGUACUUCUCAUUAGCUUACCACUUUUAGAUAAAAUUUUAGGGCUGCGGGUUUUGCUCAGUGGUAAUAGUCCUUGCCUAGCAUAUGAAUAGCUAGUUUUUAUCUCCAGCAGUGGACAGAUCAUAUACAGCAAUUUAUUUUCUCACACAAGACUAACAGCAUGGGAGCUAGUGAGAAGGUUCAGAGGGCAAAGCUCUUGCCCUGCAAACAUGAGGACCAGAGUUUGGUUUCUCAGAACCCAUCUAAAUGCCAGGUGGCCAUGGAGGCUGCCUGUAAUCCCAGUGUUUGGGAAGUAAGAUGGGAAUCCUCAGGCCAUUUGGGUAGUUAGAUUACUUGAAUCCACGAGCUUUGGGUUCAGCAAGAGACCCUGCUUCAGUAAAUAAAAUGGAAAGUGACUGGGGAAACCUGACAUUACCAUCUGGAUUCCACAUGCCACAUGCAAAUGUGGAAGCACCAACAUGCACAUGCACACACAUGAAAACAAAGUAACAGCAUGUUUGGCUUCUGGAGUAGAGUCUUCCUGGCAUGCAGUUGCUUUCAUAUGACAAAGCCUGAAAAUGAGGGUUUUUUUUUUUUUUUUUUUUUUUUUUUUCCUCUUCUGAUAAAAAUUGCAGUGUUGUGGGAUGAGAUUUCUACUCAUUGUCCUGGACUAUCAAAUGAAAUUCUACAGACCCUAUCUGAACAAUCAUGCUGAGGUUUAGAUUUAACAUGAAUUUGAGAGGGUCAUAGAUUCUUUUGGUUUCCCAGACAGGUAAUCAUAUUUGUAGAUAAUGAUGGUAUAUUUUUUUUCUAUUUUAGUUGUUUUCCUUACAUAAAUUAGUAUGAUGUCCAGCACACUAGUGAAAGUAGUAAAAGCAUAUUUUUCUUUAGAAUUAUAAUGAGGUAUGCUCUCCAUUAUACUGAUUUGCUUAUUAGGAUAGAGGGUUUUUUUAUUAUCUGGAUUUUGCAUAAUGGUUUUAUAGUAUUUCUUUAUUUGUGAGGCAAAAUUCCUCUUGGAUUCAUGAAUUGCUUUCCCUGUAUCCUCUGAGAUGACCAUAGUCAUUUGCUGGUAGCACUCAAGUACCUAGGAUUUCAUUGUUCCAUAAUAAUAAAUACUGGAAUGAUUAAAAUGACUCUAAGUAAAGGCAGUCAUUUAUUAAUGAUUAUAUAUUAGUUGUCCGAUGUUAACUUUAAAUAUUAAGGUUCAUUUUUGUUUUGUGUGAUUGCUGAGGAUCAAGCACUCUGCCACUGAGCUACACUCGUGAGCCCAAUGGAUCCUUUGCUACUUAGUAUUGAUUAUAUUUACUCACAUAAAGAUUAUCAUAGAUAUUCUUGAGUAACAUUGGCAUAUGAUUUUUCCUUCUAUGUAAGAAGAAAUGGGGUAGGGAUAAGAAGAGUGCCUGUUCAGCAGUGCACUAGACUGUGGUUUCAAUCCUCAGCACCACCAGAACAGCCAGAUUUUAAAAUGCAUUGACUGGUUUUCUAGCUGUAGCUUAGAACAGUGUCAUAUACUGCAGUGAAUGUAUUUCUCUCCUUUCCUAAAUUCUAAACCUGUUCAGUUAUAUUGAUCUAGAGUAAUUGAUACUGUUUAGGUGCCCGUUUUCUAAUACCUUAAACUGUUCAAUAUCUUUUAUGUUAAUAGGACACCUAAGAUUUAUAAUAUCAUUUAAAACUUUUGAGUAUAUUUUUCUAGGCAUGGUUUCAUUUUCACAUAUGAAACAAAUUUAUUUUCUUGUAUUCCUGAUGUUUCUUGGUUGUAUAAUUAAUUUACUUUGGGUCUGCCUUGUAUUCUGCAGUGAUUUCUUCUUGUAUUUAAAUUGAGUUAAUCUUCAGUCAGUAUUCUUUUGGAGAGUAUUUUUCUCAAACUACAGCAUAAUGCCUCACACCGUAAUCUUAGGGAUUGGGAAGCCAAGGCAGGAGGGUCACAGAUUUAAGGGUAGCCUGAGACUGGGAUACUUUGUGAGAUACUUAACAAGACAAAACUAAAAAAUAAGACAAGACAAAUGUACCCAAAGGAGUACCUGGGUCCCAGUAAAUAAUUUGGGAGGGAAAAAAAUUUGUCUUGAAAUAUUUCAACUUUCCAAUAUAGUUUUUAUUCCAUUCACUCUGACAGGUAUUUACAUGGCUAUAUAUAUUUUAAUUUUCUUUUUGUAUCCUUGGUUAAAAAAACUUUUGGGGGGUGGGUGCUAGGAUUCAAACUGAGGGCUUUUACACAUGCUAACCACUGACCUACAACCCAGGUGUAGACGUGUCUUUUAUAUAUACUUUAGUUAAGAGUUUUAAAACUCUGAUUACUUGAAAAAUCCUGAUUAACAAUUCUUUUAGACCAUUAUGUAUAAUGCAAUUAGUAAUACAAUUGGAUUUUUAGCAACUUUUUUCUUCUGUAUUUGUUGCAUGUACCUUUUCUGUAAUGAUGUUUUCACUGAAAUUUUACCCAAUGCUUGAAAUUUAUGUACUCCAUUUACUUUUUAGUUGCUAUUCUAAAACAUUAAAUCCAGUUUUAAAAUAAAAUGUGUUAAUAUUGUUUCUUUCCGAAUAGACUAGACAGUUUGCAUACAGAUUGCCAUCAUUAAUCUCCUGAGCAUCACAAUUGCAGACACCCAGAAGCAAGUGCACUACUAUACUGAUAUAGAAGAAAUUCAAAGUAGCAAAAUUGAUGUUAUAGAGGAUUUGAGUUUGCUAACAUAUUUGCUUAAGAGACAUUAAAUCAUACAAAGUAGGGUUUACCUGAAGGAGUACUGUUCCCCAAUACCCCAAAGAUAGUAGUGUGCUACUCAGGCCUAUUAAAGGUGAUCCUAAUUCAUGGUGCUAGGAUGCAAAAUGUCUCUUCACUAGGGCUGACCAACCACUAGUCCAGUCCCCAAAGAAACAUGCUUCUGACAUGCAGCUCAAGGGGGCCGAGCGGUCACAGUGGAUGUUAAGCUCUGGCCUGCCAUAAAGUUCCCAGUUCUAAAAAAACAAACAAAAAAACAAAAACAAACAAAAAAAAAUCCCCAUAAUUCUGACAGCUGGGCAACAUGACCCUGGGUCACAUCUAUUUGGCAAGGACAACACUGGUGUACUUUAAUCCUGGCAAUAUUUUUGCUGUGUAAAUCUCCCAUCUGUUCAAGUAGCUAGACUUGUAGUUUCUAGUGUCUGUUUAAAUUGUUCAGUCUAAUGGGGGCUGGGACCUAAAAGUAAAAUGCAUACCUCUAAGGUGUAUAUAAUUUGGUAAAAUCUUAUAUUCGAGUUCAACUCUUAUUUGGGUAUUAGCCCCAGCUGACGAUGUGCUUCAGUAAAGAGCUUUUCCUUGAGCUCUGAGUGUGCAGUGAUUUUUCGCUGAGAAGUCAUAUUGGCAUAUUGUUUCUAUAGCAACAGAAGUCCUUGACUGAGCAAAUUCAUGGCAGAGAGGGUAUAUGGGUCUCUUGACAGACUACCAUUGCAACCUAUGAUAGAUCGGGGCCAUGAAAUCUUUUAAGUUCACCAGAAGGUGAUUGAUUAUAGCUUCUUUUCUUUUUGACUCACAUUGACCAACAGAUGUCAGCAAAAUUCAGUCCUGAAAGUUGAAGAGGCUUCUAAUAACAUUACAGUUCUCAGCUACUCAACUGUUGGGUUGUUAAACUGGCUGUUCAUUCAUGCUAUCGGGAGCAUCAGUAUCCAGGAGUGUAGAAUCUGAGUGAGCAUUUCUCCUGUGACUUCAGAUGAUAAAAACCAGGAUUUGAUCUUACUUUUUGCUUAGGACAUUAAAUAGAACCGGAGACUUAAGAAAACAGUUGCUUGGAAAGAUGCAGAUUAGGACAAGUCCAAGACCCACUCAGUAACGACUUCAGAAUUCUCAGAAACCUUGAAUUAUUCCCAUUGGCUCCUGAGCCUGGUGGAAUGGGCUGAGGUAGGUUCAAUCUGUUGAAGCAACCUACCAAAAACAAUACCAACACUUGGAGAGGUCCAGAUAAUUACGGAAGCGAGACUCUGUUCUGUUUCCUACUGAAUUAGGGUGUUCUAGAAAGCAAGGGUUCUAAGAAUGCAGUGGAGGCAGGCAAAAAAGUUUCUGCUGAGCUUCCUGCGUGCUGAGUAUCCACAAGAAACCUUGUGGUUAAAGGACUUACUGGUCCUGGACACCACCGAUUACUUUCUGUCUCACUCGUUGCUCGGCUCACAGCCUGGAUUGUAAUUCUGUCUUGUCUUCGAGAACACCGUUGGCCUCCAGCUCCAGCGGUGAAGCCAUUACAGCGCCUCCGCCCUCAAACUGCGGAGAAAUCAGAAAUCUGAGUUCAACCAACGUAGACUCUCAGCCCUGGCUCUGCA